CGAGUGGGGUAAUGGGCCGGUGGUAUAAAAAGACCAGCGGUGGGACAGGUAGUCCCAAAGCACGCAGGUGAAACAGCCAGGUGUGUCAAACAGGUAACGGCGGAGAUGGAGAGGAUGGGGGAAGACGCUACCGAAGCAGAACACCGGUCCAAGACGGAGCAAGAUCUUGGAGAGACUCCUGAAGAAACGUCGCCGCCUGCAAACUUCGAGAACAGGGAAGAAGACUCGGGUGCCCGGCCGUUGCCCCCUCCCGUGCGGCGUUACCGUACGGCCUUCAGUAGAGAGCAGACAGCGCGGCUGGAGAAGGAGUUCCAUCGGGACAACUACCUGUCGCGCCCGAGGAGAUGUGAGCUGGCGGCCGCUCUUAAUCUACCCGAGACGACUAUCAAGGUGUGGUUCCAGAACCGGCGGAUGAAAGAGAAGAGACAGCGGAUGGCGUCCUGGCCUCACCUGGCGGACCCCGCCAUGUCUCACCUGUGGUUUGGCGGGAAACAGCCCGGCCUCGCCCCCCACCCCGGCUUCAGACUACCCCCUAAACCCACCCCGUACCCUUCCCCCUUCCGAAGUCCGUUAGAAACGAUGCUGGGCAGUCCGUACUUCCGUUUCCCUACACCUGCUGAGAUGCUGUUCCAUGCCAGUAGACACGCCCCUCUCUACCCGGACCCUGCCCUCCCCUUCACCGACACAUAUGGACUCUUCCGCGAUCACCCUCUCUUGUCGUCUUCACUGCCUACCAUGAGAGCGGACUUUCCCAAACUGGACGGUUUCACUGCGGCAGAGGGGUUCUCACUCUUCCAGAAAGCCAAGCAAGCAGAACAGAAGGACAUGCCGAGGUGAACACCUGUUUGAAGGGUUUUGGACCCAUAUACAAAACGUGUAUCACAAGAUGUUGUAUUCUAUAAAGCUGGGCGCCUCUAUCGUUGAACAUGUAUUACAAGUAAAAGUUGUACGUACUAGUAUGGCCCCUGUCAUACAUUCAGGAUCUUCCAAAGACUUUGCUCUGGACCACUCCCUUAAAAAAGUUGGCGUUAGGGUGGAAGUAGCCUAGAAACAGUCUUAUUCUAUAGCUCAAAUUCGCUCCUUUGAUAGUAGACAGGCAGAAUAUGCCUUUCGCUAUUUUGAUUUUUCAAAAUAAGCAGUCGGUUGGUAUAUUAAGAUGGUAUCUCCCUGCACUUGGGGCACCGGUGCGGAACUGCGGGGUUCGUAGAUGACUCAACGGAUUUCGGAGAUAGAAAAAGAUUCUGACGUUGUGUGUAUUUUGUUGUCUUCUAAGUCACACCUUUACGUAUUACGCAAUAUCUAAAUCAUAAAAACGGCGAAAAUAACAAAAUAGUACCGCAGUGUACCAACCCAGCAGUGCCGCACAGGUGGCCCAAGUGCAGUGAGAUACCACCUUAAGUAGGCAAGCUCGCCAGCCAACUCAAAACCAAGGAUGAGUUUGCUCACGACUAUCUCCAAACUAUGGUGGAGGGCCCCUGGACUACAAUGUCUGACAAUGACUAACGUUCAGUGUUCUGUUAUCAAGGCACCGUGAUUGUUGCAAGUCUCGACAAAUGCUGAAGUAAAGAAAGACCUACAAUGUGUAUUCAGCAUGCAAACGUCACAAAUUGAUACACUAGGGUGACUGACAAAAACGUCAUUUCGGCGUUUAUGUAUGAUCGUAUAAUGUGCAGAAAAUUAAUCAAAAAAGGGGCAUGAAAAAGUGAGAGAAAAAUAACAGGUGACAAUGAAUAUGCAUUCCUUUCUACAUUGUCUGCCGUCUUGAAUGUUGUCUUUAAAGAUAGAAAUUAAACAUUGAGAAAGGAUUCAAAGAAAACUAAAACCUAAAAGGUAAGAAAAACGAAAAUGAGAUUAAGAAAGAAAGAAAGAGACAGGUCCGUUGAGUUGCGUAAAUGACGAUGGUGGACUGAUAAAGAAGAUGGGAUUCUAGAGUGCAACAAGCAAUAUCAUAGUCCAUGUCGAAGAUGUAUAUAGAUAUAUAACUGUAUACCGUUUUAGGUGGUUUUCACAUGUAAAGUAAUGCUUUUAUGUUUAAAGUAUACACAAGCUAACGAAUAAAGGUUUAACUGUCAAAAUAUCCCUUGCGUUUUUUCUCAAAAGUACACAGUAAAGAUGAUGGUA